CUCUGAUAGAACCAGUAAACCACCAUCAACAUGGGCAAGAUCAUCUUGUUUGAGGAGAAGAACUUCCAGGGUCGCUCUUACGAGUGCCUGAGCGACUGUGCUGACCUGUCCACCUUGAACAAGUGCCUGUCCUGCCGCGUAGAGAGCGGCUGUUUCAUGAUCUAUGAGCGCACCAACUUCAUGGGCAACCAGCACUUUUUGAGGAGGGGCGAGUACUCCGACUGCACAAGUCUGAUCGGCCUGAGCAGUGGUAUUAAGUCCUGCCGCAUGAUCCCUGUGCACAGAGGCCAGUUCAAGAUCAAGAUCUUUGAGAGGGAGAACCUGAGUGGUCAGAUGAACGAACUGGUGGAUGACUGCGAGAAUAUUUUGGAGCGCUUUGGCAUGACCGAAUGCUUGUCGUGCCAGGUCCUGGAAGGCCCCUGGCUGCUGUUCGAGCUGCCCAACCUCCGUGGGAAAAUGCUCUUUGUAAAGCCCGGUGACAACCGGAGCUUCAGGGAGAUGGGCUUGAGCACCACUCGCUUCAUGAGCAUGAGACGCAUCACCGAUUCAUGCUAA